AUGCAGAAAAAGAUAAUAAAAACAUUUAUCAAAAGGAGAAUUUUGAAAAUAUAAUAAGUGACUUAGGCAGAUUCAAAAAAAAAAAUAUUGUCUUAAGAUAGUUAUAAUUCAACUAUAAAGAAUAAUUUAGCUGAUUCAAAAUAUCAUUCUUUUCAUUAAGAAAUAUCUCAAGAAAUAUUGCUAAAGGAUAAACAAAUUAAAAAAAUGAUUUUUCGUUUAACAAGGUAAAUUGAAGAUGAUUUAGAAAAUAAUGUUUUAAGAAUAUAAAAAAAUUCAGAAGAUUCCGACUAUUAUUUUAAUAAAGGUAAAAUUCAAAUGGAUGGUAUUUAGCUAUUACUCUAGAUAAAAUGAACAGAUUUGAAGAAGCGUUGGAAAAUUAUGAUUCAGCAAUAUAAAAUAAUCCAGAAAAUUCUUAUUAUUAUUUUAAUAAAGGUAUUCAAAAUGGAUGAUAUUUAGCUAUUACUCUAGAUAAAAUGAACAGAUUUGUAGAAGCGUUGGAAAAUUAUGAUUCAGCAAUAUAAAAUUAUCCAGAAAAUUCUGACUAUUAUUAUAAUAAAGGUAUAAUUCAAAAUGGAUGAUAUUUAAGCUAAAACACUAGAUAAAAUGAAUAGAUUUGUAGAAGCUUUGGAAAAUUGUGAUUUAGCAAUUUAAAAAAAUCCAGAAAAGUCCGAAUAUUAUGCUGGCAAAGGUAAAAUUCAAAUUGGAUGGUAUUUAGCUAUUACUCUAGAUAAAAUGAACAGAUUUGUAGAAGCGUUGGAAAAUUAUAAUUCAGCAAUAUAAAAAAAUUCAGAAAAUUCUUAUUAUUACUAUGGCAAAGGUAAAUUAAAAGUUGAUGAUAUUUAGCUAUUACUCUAGAUUGCAUGAACAGAUAUGUAGAAGCUUUAGAAAAUUAUGAUUUAGCAAUUUAAAAAAAUCCAGAAGAUUCUGACUAUUAUAAUGGCAAAGGUACAAUUCAAAUGGAUGAUAUUUAAGCUGAAACACUAGAUUGCAUGAACAGAUUUGUAGAAGCGUUGGAAAAUUAUGAUUCAGCAAUAUAACAUUAUCCAGAAAAUUCUGACUAUUAUUUUAAUAAAGGUAUAAUUCAAAAUGGAUGAUAUUUAAGCUAAAACACUAGAUAAAAUGAACAGAUUUGUAGAAGCUUUGGAAAAUUGUGAUUUAGCAAUUUAAAAAAAUCCAGAAAAUUCUGACUAUUAUAAUGGCAAAGGUACAAUUCAAAUGGAUGAUAUUUAAGCUGAAACACUAGAUAAAAUGAACAGAUUUGUAGAAGCUUUGGAAAAUUGUGAUUUAGCAAUAUAAAUAAAUCCAGAUAAUUUUGACUAUUAUUUUAAUAAAGGUAUAUUUCAAAAUGGAUGAUAUAUAGCUAUUACUCUAGAUAAAAUGAACAGAUUUGAAUAAGCGUUGGAAAAUUAUGAUUCAGCAAUAUAAAAUAAUCCAGAAAAUUCUGACUAUUAUUUUAAUAAAGGUAUAAUUCAAAAUGGAUGAUAUUUAGCUAUUACUCUAAAUAAAAUGAACAGAUUUGAAGAAGCUUUGGAAAAUUAUGAUUCAGCAAUAUAAAAUAAUCCAGAAAAUUCUGACUAUUAUUUUAAUAAAGGUAUAAUUCAAAAUGGAUGAUAUUUAGCUAUUACUCUAAAUAAAAUGAACAGAUUUGAAGAAGCUUUGGAAAAUUGUGAUUCAGCAAUAUAAACAAAUCCAGAAAAUUCUGACUAUUAUUUUAAUAAAGGUAUAAUUCAAAAUGGAUGAUAUUUAGCUAUUACUCUAAAUAUAAUGAACAGAUUUGAAGAAGCUUUCGAAAAUUUUGAUUCAGCAAUAUAAAUUAAUCCAGAAAAUUCUUAUUAUUACUAUGGCAAAGGUAAAUUAAAAAUGGAUGAUAAUUAGCUAUUACUCUAAAUAAAAUGAACAGAUUUGAAGAAGCUUUGGAAAAUUAUGAUUCAGCAAUAUAAAAUAAUCCAGAAAAUUCUGACUAUUAUUUUAAUAAAGGUAUAAUUCAAAAUGGAUGAUAUUUAGCUAUUACUCUAAAUAAAAUGAACAGAUUUGAAGAAGCUUUGGAAAAUUGUGAUUCAGCAAUAUAAACAAAUCCAGAAAAUUCUGACUAUUAUUUUAAUAAAGGUAUAUUACAAAAUGGAUGAUAUUUAGCUCUUACUCUAUAUAAAAUGAACAGAUUUGUAGAAGCGUUGGAUAAUUAUGAUUUAGCAAUUUAAAAAAAUCCAGAAAAUUCUCACUAUUAUGCUGGCAAAGGUAAAAUUCAAAUUGGAUGGUAUUUAGCUAUUACUCUAGAUAAAAUGAACAGAUUUGUAGAAGCGUUGGAAAAUUAUGAUUCAGCAAUAUAAAAUAAUCCAGAAAAUUCUGACUAUUAUUUUAAUAAAGGUAUAAUUCAAAAUGGAUGAUAUUUAGCUAUUACUCUAAAUAAAAUGAACAGAUUUGAAGAAGCUUUGGAAAAUUAUGAUUCAGCAAUAUAAAAAAAUCCAGAAAAUUCUGACUAUUAUUUUAAUAAAGGUAUAAUUCAAAAUGGAUGAUAUUUAGCUAUUACUCUAAAUAAAAUGAACAGAUUUGAAGAAGCUUUGGAAAAUUGUGAUUCAGCAAUAUAAACAAAUCCAGAAAAUUCUGACUAUUAUUUUAAUAAAGGUAUAAUUCAAAAUGGAUGAUAUUUAGCUAUUACUCUAAAUAAAAUGAACAGAUUUGAAGAAGCUUUGGAAAAUUGUGAUUCAGCAAUAUAAACAAAUCCAGAAAAUUCUGACUAUUAUUUUAAUAAAGGUAUAAUUCAAAAUGGAUGAUAUUUAGCUAUUACUCUAAAUAAAAUGAACAGAUUUGAAGAAGCUUUGGAAAAUUGUGAUUCAGCAAUAUAAACAAAUCCAGAAAAUUCUGACUAUUAUUUUAAUAAAGGUAUAAUUCAAAAUGGAUGAUAAUUAGCUAUUACUCUAAAUAUAAUGAACAGAUUUGAAGAAGCUUUCGAAAAUUUUGAUUCAGCAAUAUAAAUUAAUCCAGAAAAUUCUUAUUAUUACUAUGGCAAAGGUAAAUUAAAAAUGGAUGAUAAUUAGCUAUUACUCUAAAUAAAAUGAACAGAUUUGAAGAAGCUUUGGAAAAUUAUGAUUCAGCAAUAUAAAAUAAUCCAGAAAAUUCUGACUAUUAUUUUAAUAAAGGUAUAAUUCAAAAUGGAUGAUAUUUAGCUAUUACUCUAAAUAAAAUGAACAGAUUUGAAGAAGCUUUGGAAAAUUAUGAUUCAGCAAUAUAAACUAAUCCAGAAAAUUCUGACUAUUAUUUUAAUAAAGGUAUAAUUCAAAAUGGAUGAUAUUUAGCUAUUACUCUAAAUAAAAUGAACAGAUUUGAAGAAGCUUUGGAAAAUUGUGAUUCAGCAAUAUAAACAAAUCCAGAAAAUUCUGACUAUUAUUUUAAUAAAGGUAUAUUACAAAAUGGAUGAUAUUUAGCUCUUACUCUAUAUAAAAUGAACAGAUUUGUAGAAGCGUUGGAUAAUUAUGAUUUAGCAAUUUAAAAAAAUCCAGAAAAUUCUCACUAUUAUGCUGGCAAAGGUAAAAUUCAAAUUGGAUGGUAUUUAGCUAUUACUCUAGAUAAAAUGAACAGAUUUGUAGAAGCGUUGGAAAAUUAUGAUUCAGCAAUAUAAAAUAAUCCAGAAAAUUCUGACUAUUAUUUUAAUAAAGGUAUAAUUCAAAAUGGAUGAUAUUUAGCUAUUACUCUAAAUAAAAUGAACAGAUUUGAAGAAGCUUUGGAAAAUUAUGAUUCAGCAAUAUAAAAAAAUCCAGAAAAUUCUGACUAUUAUUUUAAUAAAGGUAUAAUUCAAAAUGGAUGAUAUUUAGCUAUUACUCUAAAUAAAAUGAACAGAUUUGAAGAAGCUUUGGAAAAUUGUGAUUCAGCAAUAUAAACAAAUCCAGAAAAUUCUGACUAUUAUUUUAAUAAAGGUAUAAUUCAAAAUGGAUGAUAUUUAGCUAUUACUCUAAAUAAAAUGAACAGAUUUGAAGAAGCUUUGGAAAAUUGUGAUUCAGCAAUAUAAACAAAUCCAGAAAAUUCUGACUAUUAUUUUAAUAAAGGUAUAAUUCAAAAUGGAUGAUAAUUAGCUAUUACUCUAAAUAUAAUGAACAGAUUUGAAGAAGCUUUCGAAAAUUUUGAUUCAGCAAUAUAAAUUAAUCCAGAAAAUUCUUAUUAUUACUAUGGCAAAGGUAAAUUAAAAAUGGAUGAUAUUUAGCUAUUACUCUAAAAGAAUUGAACAGAUUUGAAGAUGCUUUGGAAAACUGUGAUUAAGCAAAAUAAAAAAAUCCAGAAAAUUCUUCUAAGAUAUAUAAUCCUUAGAAGCAUUAAUGGUAAAAUUUAAAAGAAAUUAAUCAGCCUAAGAUUUUCUAAUCACCAAACACAUAAGAAAUAUAAAGAAACUAUAUAAAUUGUUAAGCUUAGUCUUAAUUUAUAAUAUGA